UCCUCUUCUUUUUAAGGAAUUAACUUGUGUCUCUGUCCAUGAGACACCUAUCAGCUUUGAAGACCGCAUAAGGUGUUUUUUUUUUUCUUUUUCGGUUAAAGAUGUUGUUUUUUCCCCCUGAACAUGUGACUGAAUUAGGGGCUCACGUGGCUAUAGUGGCUGCAUGAUCCGCUUUAGUUUUUUUUUUUGUGUGUGUGUGUUUUUUUUUGUUUUUUUUUUUAAGUCCGGUGAUCGGUAGCUCCCUCCGCAGCGACCAUCCGGAGAAGAGGACGGCUGGAAAACACAGCUCCUAACCCGGACAGACCAUGGCGAGCAGCGGGCAGAAAGUUGUGCUGAUCACCGGCUGCUCCUCGGGCAUCGGCUUGCGAAUUGCCGUCACGCUGGCCAAUGAUGAAAAGAAGCGUUACCAUGUCAUCGCCACCAUGCGUGACCUGAAAAAGAAGGACAAGCUCCUGGAGGCGGCUGGAGACGCUUACGGGAAGACCUUGAUGUUGCUUCCAUUAGACGUGUGCAGCGACGAAUCUGUCAGACAGUGUGUCAACAAUGUGAAGGAUCGCCACAUUGAUAUUCUGAUCAACAAUGCAGGCGUGGGUUUGCUUGGACCUGUGGAAAGCAUCAGCAUCGAAGAGAUGAAAAGAGUGUUUGACACCAACUUCUUUGGAGUGGUUCGCAUGAUUAAAGAAGUGAUGCCAGACAUGAAGAAGAGGCGAUCGGGACACAUUGUGGUCAUGAGCAGUGUCAUGGGUCUCCAGGGAGUGGUGUUCAAUGAUGUUUACACUGCCUCUAAGUUUGCAAUGGAAGGGUUCUGUGAGAGCAUGGCUGUGCAACUGAUGAAGUUCAAUAUCCGGUUGUCCAUGAUUGAGCCUGGCCCAGUACACACCGAGUUUGAGACAAAGAUGAUGGAGGAUGUAGCUAAAAUGGAGUACCCUGGGGCAGAUGCAGACACAGUUCGAUAUUUUAAAGACGUUUACCUGCCAUCGUCCAUAGAUAUAUUUGAAGCCAUGGGCCAGACGCCAGAGGACAUAGCUAAAUGCACUAAGAAAGUUAUUGAGUCAGACAACCCUCGCUUCAGGAAUCUGACCAAUAGCCUCUACACACCCAUUGUGGCUUUAAAAUAUGCAGAUGAGACUGGUGGCCUGUCGGUGAACACCUUCUACAACCUACUCUUCAAUUUUGGCCCUCUCAUGCACAUCACCAUGAGCAUCCUCAAAUGCCUGACAUGCAGCUGCCUGCGCAGACGCACCAUCUCUCCUAACUGAGGGUCAUUGUUUGGUCCCAUCCUUUUAUCCUAACCUCCAGGUCCCUUGCAAUCUUCUCCUGAGGUCCUGGUCUGAGCAUUUAGACUAGAACCAGUAAGUCGGAGACAGGAAUCUCCUUUUAGUUCAAAGACAUGAUACCAUGAUAAGCUUUGUCAGAUAAUAUGCACAAUUGCACAAGUGUUUUCACAUAGAUUUUAUAAGCAGGGUGACCUCAUGUGCUGGUAGAGAUGUAUGCAUGCACCACAGCGCAGAUGUACAAGUGACACUGACAUUGGAUUUUGAGCGUACAUUUUUAUGAAUAGAAAGGCGAUGCCUUACUUUUUUGCUUCACGAGAGGAACUGAGAGGAAGAGAACGAAGCUCAUGGACAGACAUCAAAGCACAAAAAAAGAAAAUGAACUCACUUAAUAUGUGAAACAAUAAAAUUAUAGAAAAUAUUGAAUUAUUAAUACUGUAACUUGUAGCCUAGAUAGCUUUAUACUCGGGCUUCCAGAGUUAAGACAUGUACAACAGAGUUAGAAUAUAUAAAUCUGCUUUUAAUGUAUUGUUCCCCCAAUUUGAUGUUUGUUUGUAGUGUUCUCAUGGUCAUAACUGCUGUUCAAUCAUGUUUUUAAUCUUUUGAUAAAUGGAUAAUUUUUAUUUUUUAUGGUUUGGGGGGUAUUUAGAAAUAAAAAUAAUUUUGAUUCAACCUUAAA